AAUUUGAACGUUGAUGUUAUGUAAGGUCACUCAAUAUAUACCUAUACAGAAUUAUUGUAUAAUGCAACUUUCACGUUUGCAUAAUAUGCAAUUUUUCAUAUAUACAUUCGAAUAUUUUAAUCACGUUUUUGCCAAAGGAAAGGGUAACAGAAUUUCACAGAAAUAUUUAUUUUCUUUUUUAGCUCAAAUCAAAAUGUUUACCGCAUUGGCACGAACAGAUCAUAACCUUUGAAAACGAUGCGUACAAUUAACAUUAUAGAUACCCCCUUCCAAACCGCGAUAUGUCGGAAUGACUGGAAACUGAAAAAUCUGAGUAUCACUAUUAAAUCCGAGCACAAGCCAAUAUCAGGCAGAAUUUUAUUACAGUUCAAAUCUUGAAGUGAACUCAGUUUUGUGUUCUCAUUUUUAUAAUGUUGCUAUAUUAUGCAAUCAUAAACUGUUUUUUUCUAAAAGUGCACUCCUCCGACACAUACUUAAAGGACCAAUCUGUGCUUUAUGGAAUUUCUUCAAUUACAGAAACUAUUCAUAGGCACAGCGCCUGCUUCGAAGAGUUUCAUCAAAUUUUUGAGGGAAUUAAUAAGAAACACUUAUGGGCUCUGAAAGCAUUGGAUGCAAGUGGCCAACCUGAAUCGGGAUUUCUAUGGGGCAACAACUUUUGGCUGGGCUCACAUGCUCAAUGUUCAGAUAUAUCAAAUCGUAAACCGUUUGAAGUUAGUCCUGUAAAUGUAAAACAUCCGGACCAAACACCUUACGACUACCCACCAUUCGAUAUGGCAUUUGCUAUGGCGUACAUGAGGCACAAUAGCACGCAGCAACAACAUGCACAGAUGCCAUUGGAGAGUACAAUACAACUAGGUCUCUGUGUUCCCAAAUCCUGUUCUGCGAUCGAUUUAAAAUAUCUUAUGGAUAUUUAUAUACCACAUCGCUAUUUAAAGGUGCAACAGUUGUAUAGUUUAGACAUAAAACUAAUGCAGUUAAAAAUCCUCGACAAUGGAACUUGGUUAACCUUGCCAAAAACGAUUAUUACGUUGUGCAUACUUGCGGUUUCUACACUAUUAGUAAUUGCCGGAACAGUAUACGACGUCAAAGUAACACAACCACGAUUAAAAGAGCAAAAGCGUCUUGCUGAAAAUAAAUUGGAGAGAAGGGCCACGAUACCCACCAUAAACAGCAAUAUAAAAUCAGGCGAAGAGAUACAGCAAAAUGAAAAACCAGAAUCCACACUGCCUCUGAGUACACCCGGAACCGCAGGCGGAAUACUUCAGUGCUUUUCCAUGUAUUCCAAUUGCAAAGCCCUAACCAAAACGAGAGUUGCACCCGAUUCCAUCGGUUCCAUUCACGGUAUCCGCUUCUUUUCCUUAUUAUGGGUGGUAAGCGUGCACACAAUAUUCUAUCAAAUCGAUUUUCUGAAAAACGUCCCUGCUGGGUUCAGAAUAUCCGAAGACUUUUUCGCCCAGCCCAUCAGCAAUUCCACUUAUUGUGUAGACAGUUUCCUAUUCCUCAGUGGAUUCCUACUUUCUUACACAUUUUAUAAAUCGAAAGGUGCGAACAUUAAGUGCAAGAGGCCUGUAAAUGUUAUGGGGAAAGUUGGAGAAUUUUUUUCCAUGUUCGUUCAUCGUUACUUAAGGUUAACACCCGUGUAUAUAGUUACCAUUUUAUUUUCCGACGUGCUUUUUACCUAUUACCGACAGUUUUCGUCACUUCAGGCCACUGAACAGCCCGACAUUAACUGUCCCAAGUACUGGUGGAGGAAUUUGUUGUACAUCAAUAACUUUUAUCCUAGAUCGGAAAUGUGUUUAUCCUGGUCUUGGUAUUUGUCCGUCGACACCCAAUUUUUUAUGGUAUCCACCGUUCUACUCAUUUUAUCUACCAUUUGCUUCAAAGCGGCGGUGAUACUCCUCGUUAUUUGCGUGGUUAUAUGCAUUUCUGUAACAGGAUACAGCUCCUACGCUGUAGGUUAUAUACCAUCGAUGGAUGAGCAGUACGUAAAACUAGACGCAAUCUACGACUUUCCUUGGAAUCGCAUUGGACCGUACCUGAUUGGAGUAGUCACGGGAUAUAUACUAACUAUAAAAUUGGAAGGAAAAUUGAAUUUGAAGAAGCCAUACUUAAUUCUGAUGUGGAUUAUAUUUCCCAUGAUCAAUUUGUGGAUUGUGUUUACAUUAUAUGGUCGUCAAGUUUCGGUCGAGUUUUCAGCUGUGUACAUGGGGAUAUCACGAACGUUAUGGGGAUUUGGAUUGGGAUGGUUAUUUAUUGCUUGCGCGACCAAUAACGCUGGAAUUGUCAACAAAUUUUUGUCAUUUCGUGGUUGGAUACCUCUAAGUCGAUUAACAUACUGCGGAUAUCUACUUAAUCCGCUAAUGAUACACAUUAUAUACAUGGGAGCCGAAACUGAUCAAAGCGCAACUGCUGGCGGCUUCGCGAUGGCAAUUUUUGGUACCUUUAUAAUAUCCCUAAUUAUGGCGUUUUUUCAUUCGCUGUUUUUUGAAUCACCAUACAUACUCCUCACGAAAAUGCUUUCCAACAAACUGCGCAAAAGAAGUAAUCUUACAGAAGCAUCUUAGGAAACAUUUUCUUUAAACGUAGCGUUGGUUAGCUGUAGGGUUGAAAUAUGAACCUACAAAGAAGGUUUUCCCAGUGAAUGCCAUCAAGCCCGUGGUUUUGAAAGAUACCACCUACUCGAAAUUCACACAGUACAAAACUUACAAAUCAGUAGUACUUCACCUACGUAUAGGUGCUUGUAUACGAUAUAUAUUCUUUAUUUCUUCAAACUUUUAAAUAGCGCCUUCUUUGUAAGUUAAUUAGUCGGUUCUUUUGUCUCAUUUAAUCUUGCCUGGUACGAACCUCUUAUACGGAUACAUUUGUUUCCAUGGAAAGUAGCUGUUAGAUAAGGUUAACUGAGGCAAGAAAAGCGGCGUGGGUGAUAUGUUGGAUGCCGUUAUCAAAAUAUGUUUGAUCACAUGAUAUUAAACUAAGACUGAGUGUAUUUUCUGAAUAUUAGUGGACAAGUAGAAUCAGUAUUGAUAUUAAAACGUUACGGCCUCUUUGCAAGAGCUGGUAUGUGUGUAGGCAAUUGUAAUCUAAUUUUUUAUUUAAGGUUUCUACUGCACUUUAAUUAAAUCAAUGAUAAACGAG